CGCUGUAUAUGCCUAUAGCCUAUAGUCUGUAGUUUAGUAGCGCAGAGCAGUAGUAACGAUAGCAUAAACUUAUAGAAUCGUAUUGUACACAGUUUUCACAAGUUAGAGAAAUAAAUUGAAUCGCUUUUUACGUUGUCAAUGGGCUUUCCAUACCCGAAUUUGCUAUAGAUAUAUACAUUAAGCUUCUUGACCUAUCCACAUAAUCAAACGAACACACACCCAGAAAAGAACCCCGCGAAAAUGGCAUCAGAAGAUAAUAUGGAAACAGAUACACAGCAGCAAAGCUCUGAAACAAGAGUGAUACCCGGCGAACCUUUAGGCACAGUGUACGAGUAUGCGAUUGGUGAGGGUACCUUUGUACGAGGGCAUACGAUACAUGCAUCACACAUCGGCGUCAGAGAUAUAUGCGAAAGUACUCAGGAAGGAAAACUUCCAAUCAUUUCAGUGAUCUCCCUAGACGCGUCUGAGAAAGUGAUUCCUGUCACACAGUCGGUUGUGGUGGUCCGCAUCACUAGUGUCAACCCGCGCUUUGCAAAGUGCGAUAUUGUAUGUGUGGGCAGCACCCCAUUAAAAGAUACCUACCGAGGACUGAUAAGGCAAAGGGAUGUUCGGGCUACGCAGAAAGACACAGUGGACAUAUACAAAUCCUUCCGCCCGGGGGAUAUUGUGAGAGCGCAAGUGAUAUCCCUGGGAGAUGCCAAAAGCUACUAUUUAUCUACAGCAAGCAAUGAGUAUGGAGUGGUCUUCGCAACCAGCCCAGCAGGCCAUACCAUGCUUCCGGUCUCGUGGUGUGAGAUGAUCUGUCCCGAAACACACGUCAGAGAGAUGAGAAAGGUCGCUAAGCCAUUAGAUAUCGAAACUAUGACAAGUUAGUUGGAAUGUAAUAUAUAGGAGUAUUAGCAGCAUCACUCAAGCCAGUUGAGUUCAAUGAAGCAACUAAUGUCAGUCAAAAUUUCCUUUAGACAUAUUGUCGGUGUAUUGAGAUGUAAUCUGGGUUUUAUAUAAGGUUGUUCUAUGGAAAUUUCUAUAAAAAAAGGCACAUUACGAACGAUCAGUAGUUGAUAUAGAACCCCCAUUAAAAGAAAC